AUGUGCCACGCCGCGGUGGCGAACUCCGGGGAGCAGGAGCACCAGCGCCGGCGGCCUCUCGCCGCUGCCAACGUCGACGACGACGGAGGAGGAGGCCGCGGGCAGCAGCAGCAGCAGCUGAUGCCGGGGGCGGGGGAGCCCGUGACGGAGACUGCGGCGGCGCCGUGGCAGAGCAGCAGGCAGGCGCGGGAGAUGUCGGCCAUGGUGGCCGCGCUCGCCACGGUGGUCGCCGGCUCGGCGCCGCCGGCUGCCAAGGGACCCGAGCAGGCGCAGGCGCAGGAUGCAUCCAUGGAUGAGGCGUGGUGGACGUACGAGGACCUGCAGGUCGGCGAGCCGUCGUCGCCUGCCCGCUUCGUGCUCCACGGCUACGACGCGACGCAGCCGCGCGAGCAGUACUGGCCUGCGGCGGCGACGGCUACCUACUCGCACACGCAGGUCGGCGCCGCCUCUGCCGCCGCGGAUGACGAGCUCCCGUCCCCGUCGUCGGCUGGGGGAGGCAGUACCAGCAGCAGCAGCAGCAGGACGGCGGGGCGGAAUAAGCGGUACCUCGGGGUGCGGCAGCGGCCGUGGGGGAAGUGGGCGGCGGAGAUCCGGGACCCGCACAAGGCGGCGCGCGUGUGGCUGGGCACCUUCGACACCGCCGAGGACGCCGCCCGCGCCUACGACGGCGCCGCGCUCAGGUUCCGCGGAAGCCGCGCCAAGCUCAACUUCCCCGAGUCCGCCACGCUCCCGUCCACGCCGCCGCCGCCGGCAUCGGCGUCAGCCCAGCACCACCAGCAGCCUCUGACUCCAGCCUCGCGCGUGUUGAUGACGACGCCGCUGCCAGCCAGGCCGGAGGCGCUGCUAGAGUCGCAGGCGCUCCCCGCCGGCGGCAGCAGGGACCCCUACUUGGACUACGCCAGGCUAUUGCAGAGCGGCGACGGCGGUGGUGGCGGCGGUCCCAGCGCGUCGUCGGGGACUCCAACUCCAAGUGUUAGGUUACUGCCUCCACCACCACCUCCUGCUGCUGCUGCUUCGGCGGCUGCGGCGUACGGGUUCGGAGCAGAGGGCGAGGCCCUCGGGGGCUACGGCUACCUCUCGCCGCCGCAGAGGCAGAGCCGCGCGGAGCCAGGAAACCACCCGCCGCCGGCGUGGCCAGGCUUCUACAGCUCGUCGUCCCCGCCGCCGCCGUGUCCGUGGGACCAGUCAGGUUGA